GUCUCAAYAAUGGAAGGUUCUGUUCCAUUGAAUGAAGAUUGCUCUAACUUCAACAGUGUUGCGGUAGAUGCGAGAACUWAGCCUAAACUGUUGACCAUCGUCCACCGCUGUUUCCGACCCCCGGCUCAUCGAGGUACGAGCUGUUUUUAUCGGUGGGAUGGUGUUAUUAGUAGAAUUACGCUAAAAGCCCAAAUAGUUUUUCGCCUUCGCCUUUCUGUUGAACSCAAAGAGUGCAAAGCCGAAACGGAACUCGAAUCUCACUUUUUAGUGGCUAUCGGGCUUUGCAGCGCUAUGAAUAACAUCCUUCUCCAUCCCGCGAUAGCGCGACUUCUCAUAAAAUGAAGCACGAAAAAAGAAAUCGUUCUUCAAAUAAAGAGAAGAAAUCGCGAACGUUUAUUAAUUCUUGCGAAGAGAGGACCUUGCGCAAGUAGACACCAUUGAAUAUUACCACAACAAUCAUGCAGACCGUCRCGACCAUGACCAACAUCACGUCCACMCCUGCAUCUACGACCCCAGCAGAUAACCUCCGCGACAUCCCAAUGGCAGUAGAUAACGAUUUUAGUUACAGUGAUGACGGAUCCGUGCCGUCWAUGUCGUCCGAACACGCAUMUGUGAGCACGAGACAUCUUGGCAACGAUUCCUUGGACAARRUCAAGCUARAACAGAUGGAGAUAGCCAKSAAUGAAGAGCGACAAGUUCGAAUCAUUCGGACAGUCACWCUCUCGUUCAUCGUGUUCGCCGCCAUCACCAUUAGUCUGGUGGUAUAUUUCUUUGCCAAGAAUUUCGACAAAUAUGAAUUUGAAUCKGAGGUGAGUGCAAGCUUGACCUAUUCUCUGCGCUUGUAUUUACYCGUCUCUUUAUUUUGAUCUACGGUAAUUGGUGUCGGUUCUGAAAUUGCUUAGACUUUUGGAUGGAGCUAAGAAGUAAGGACUCACUUUGAAUUUUGUUCCACURUUUUCCGAUUAUGUGCUGUACAAUUGGGUCCUAGUAUGAAGCUUUCGUCGAAUCMAUUCAGAACGACGUUGUCUGGGAAGUCAAGUACAACUUUGCCCUUCUCCAGCAGCUAGGCAGCACCAUCACCUCGGAGAUACUGGUAAGUAACCAAACUGCCCCAUUCGUUACCCUUCCAAACUUUGAGGUCACUGGUGGAUUCACCGACGGAUUGGGGGGCAUAAUGGCGGUCGUGUUUGCACCAUUGCUGCUCACGAAGUCAUCCACAACACAAGUUCGAGAAUGGGAAACCUAUUCCGUCCAGCACCAAGGAUGGCUCGAGGAAAGUGUGAAACUUCAAGCCGAACACACCGGUCAUCAGCGCCCCCUCCAAGGCACUCACCAAGACCACGAAACUGAUCUAGUGGAUGUCCAAACACCUACAAAUGCGGUUGCACUACCCUCACACAUCACCGAAGGCAUCSCGGAAACAAUUUGGCACUGGAAAGACGGSGAGAGAGUACCACUCGAACCAUCCAUAGCCAWUGAAAGAGAUAUUCCUGUUGCUCCUCUAUGGCAAARCAGCCCUUUCAACGGAGCCACUAUCAACGUCGAUCUCUUGUCCGACCCCCGGCUUGUGGAUUUGUACARGGCCUCGACCGAAACCAACCAAACACUGAUGUCGUCAGCGACCGAGAUUGGAAACSUCUUCGACUGGGUCUUUCUCCCAGGAGAAAAGYACCGUAAAGAAGAGCCGCAUACUUUCAUUUUGGAGCGGGUGUUUGCCAAUUUUGACACCAAAUCGGUGUCAGAGCAACCAGUGGGUUUCGUUCUGGGGCUCACGUCCUACAGACACCUUUUUGAGCGCAUCCUACCAGAGGGCGCGGACGGUAUUUAUUGCGUCCUAGAGGGCAGAGGUGCUUGCGACACAACUCUAACGUAUCUAAUAAACGGACCCGAUGCCAUCUUCAUUGGUUACGACGAUCUCCACAAGGGAAUGGACGACUACGAGGCUACCAUCCAGCUCGAGCUUUACAACACUAUCUCAGAAAAUGUAUGCAUCCACGAUCUGCAUAUCUAUCCUACCCCUGAGUUUCAAACAUCUCACAAUACCAACAGAGCGGCGUAAGUCACAAAAUUUGUGGUAAAAAAGCAAUCCAAAAUUWUUUAUGACAUUUCUCUUUUGAAGACGAAUAAAUUKCUUGCUCUAAC